UUUACCGACAUAUUCUUCCAACAUUGGUCAAUACCUUGACAUAAUAGAAUUAGAGGCCUAUCAAACAGAAAAUAAAAUUGUAUUUGUUCUUAAAAUUCCUCUAAUCGAACCUGAAACUUAUACUCUUUUUAAAAUCUUUCCUAUUCCAUUAUUGGAUAAUCGAACAGGUAUUUACCACAUUUUAUCCACUUCAAUAAAAUUUAUUGCGCGAGAUGACAAUUCUUUACUGUACAUACUUCCUGAAGAUCUAGAAACAUGCAAGCAGUUACAACCUAAUGUCAAGAUUUGCUCUGAUCUACUCCAGUUUCCAAUUGACAGCGAUGCUAUUUGUGAAGCACAACUUCUGAGACAGACAAACAAACUACCCCGAACAUGUCAGACGUCUCUACUCUUAACAACCGACUACAACGUUCGAGAAAUUGAGCAAAACUAUUGGUUGAUAUCCAUCUCCGAUCCCAUACCAAUAACAAUCAAGUGUGAAAAUCGUGAGAUGAUUACCUAUAUGCUAAGAACAAAUUAUCUCUUAAGACUACAACCGAAUUGCAACGCAUUUAUUGGAAGCACUCGGAUACAUUCCAAGCAUCCGAUACAGAAAUACAGAAAUGUUACUUACAGAAGCCACCCUGUAAAAAUUCCCUUCGAUUGCUGCACACAUCUACCAGAUAAAUUUCAUAUUCCCGAGCUGAAACCAAUUAAAUUGAGUCAUUUAGACAUGGAUGAUCUCAAUAUAGCUCAACAUAGGCUCAACCAAUAUUCAGAAGAACUUGACAAGAUGACAAAACAACCCUUUGUCUCAAGACAUCUUCACUGGUUAACCAUCUUUACAAUCGUUUUAAUAAUUGUUUUAGUUCUCUUCUACAUCUGUUGCAAGUGCCGACAACGUAGAAGAACACCCACGCUAAGUCUUACUGAUGGCAACGAUCCACCGCCUCCCGAACCACAAGUUCAUAGACUUCAACAGAGGUUCAGGAAGAUCCUGCCCAGAAGAAGAAGCAGCAUCCACCCAGAGGAGCCAAUAGAAGAAGAAGCCUUCGAAUUACGGUGUCCUCCAAUCAUCUUUAAAAGUCGACGCACAGCAUCAACUUUUUAA